AUGGAUGGGAAAGCUGAGUUUGAAGUCACAGAGGAGUCAUUAAUGAUGAGACAGGACCUCCAGACAGAAGCUGCUGCAUUAGAAAGCAACACGUCUGGUUCCAGUCAUUCACUGGUCAGCCAGACCACUGCUUCCAACCUGACGUCCAACAUGACGUCCAACCUGACGUCCAACCUGACGUCCAACCUGACGUCCUCCAGCAUGGAGAGCACACCAGCCUCCUCUAGAACCCUCAGUUCAGAUCAAUCAUCUUCAACGACAGCUCCAUCUAGUCAAACACCAUCUAGAACAGUAUCACCCAGCCAAUCCCCAGGCAGCAUAGCUAAAACCAGCCGAUCACCAAUCACCAUAAAAUCAGCCAAACAAUCACCAGGCAGCCCAUCAGAAGCCAGCCAAUCAACAACCCCCAAAACAUCAGCCAGCCAAUCACCAGGCAGCAAAACAGAAACAAGCCAAUCAUCAACCACCAGAUCAUCAACAAGCCAAUCAUCAGGCAUUAGAACAAAAGCUAACCUAUCACAAACCUCCAAAACAUCAACCAGUCAACCACCAAGCAGCGCAACACAUAGCGGCCAAGCACCAACCACCAAAACAUCUGCAAGCCAAUCCCACAGCAGCACAACACAAGGCAGCCAAUCAACAACCACCAAAACAUUGGCCAGCCAAUCACCAGGCAGCACAACACAAGCCAGCCAAUCAUCAACAAGCAGAACAUCAGCCAGACAAUCACCAGGCAGCACAACACCAGGCAGUCAAACACCAACUAAAAUAUCACCAGCCAGCCAAUCACCAACAAAGAAGGCCCCACCUAGCCAGUCUUCAACUAGCACAGCCAAAUCCAGGCAAUUACCAACUGUCACAUUGCCAGCCAGUCAAUCAACAAUCAGCAAUGCCCUUGCCAAAAACGUAGAUGACCACUCAGCAGGCAGUACUACAAAACCUAGCCAAUUUUCAUCCAGUCAGACAACAUUAAGCCAAUCAUCAACCAGCGCAAAAACAUCAAACCAAUCAUCACUCGACUCAACAUAUUCUAAUCAAUCACCAAGCACUUUAAUAGCAGCUAAUACAACCUCAAACAGCUCAAACACAUCACACCCCAUAUCGUCAAGCUUGACAUCACAUAGCCAAUCACUGUCCAAUUCAUCAACAUCUGACCAGUCCUUGUUCAACCCAUCGCCAUCAAACCAAUCAUCAUCUGGUUUACCAGGAAACACAUUCAGCAGAGAUGGGCCUCAACUUAAUAUCUCCCUGUUAGCCAGGCAGAGGAAGGAAGCCCUGAGGUCAUCGUUUCGUCGGAUUGAAGCAGAGCCGUGUGUGUUUCCCUGUCUAAACGGCGGACAGUGCGCUCAGUCGGAGUCAUGUGACUGCAGCCUGUAUCAGGCCACUGGAGACAGAUGUCAGACAGUUCCAAAUCCUGGCUUUGAGAGGGAGAUGACGUGUCGGACUUGGGGUCAGUACAACUUCGAGACCUUUGACGGCCUCUACUACUACUUCCCCGGUCGCUGCACAUACACCCUGCUGAAGGACUGUGAGGAAACCACUCAGGCCAGCAUCGUCGUUCAGGUCCACAAUGACCCGGGCUGCAGCUCUGCCCCCUACACCUGCCAACGCUCUGUCAGCCUCUUCCUCCCGUGGGAGGGUGAGGUUCGGCUGUACGCCACCAACGUGACCUACAAGGGCCAAAGUUUGCAGCUGCCUCACCACAUCCACGACCUGCAGCUGGAGCAGAUCUCACAGUACGUUCUGGUGACGCAGCAGCACGGCUUCACGCUGGCCUGGGAGGGUCGCAGCGGCUCCGUCUACAUCAAACUCAGCCCAGAGUUUGUGGGCCGAACCUGCGGCCUGUGUGGGAACUUCAACGCAGACGUCCAGGACGACCUGAAGACGAGUUAUGGCGUGCUGACUCAUGCAAUUGAGCUGUUUGGAAACAGCUGGGUGGAGACGGAGCCCCACGAGGCUCGAUGUCCCAUGGUGCCCUCUGGCUUCUCUUCACCCUGUGAUUCAGUGGAAGCUCAUGUCCUGCUGAAAGUGGAAGAGGUGUGUGCAAUGCUGCUGGAUCCUCCAUUUCAGAGCUGCCACGACUUUGUCAGCCCUCUGUCCUACAUGGCCAGCUGCUCCAACGACCUCUGCAUGUCGGGUCCCAACGGGGAUGUGGUAUGCCAGGUGUUCAGCGAGUACGCCCGGGCCUGUGCCCACGCUGACCACCCACUGCACGACUGGAGGCAGCACAUUCCUCAGUGUGCGAAGCAGUGUGCCCUUGGUCUGCAGUACAGGGAAUGCAUCAGCUGCUGCCCAGCGUCCUGCAACCUGGAGCGGACAUGCAUCGACAGCAAACUGGCCUGCCUGGAUGGAUGCUACUGUCCUGAUGGUAUGAUCUUCGAAGAUGGAGGCUGUGUAACGCCUUCCGACUGUCCUUGCGAGUACCACGGCAUGUUUUAUCCUUCUGGACAGACGCUGCAGGAGGAGUGCAACAACUGCACAUGUGUUGGUGGAGUGUGGAACUGCACCGACUACAGCUGCCCAGGCGAAUGCUCGGUGACUGGCGAUAUGUAUUUUCAGUCCUUUGACGGGCGGAUCUACACCUUCCCUGCAACAUGUCAGUAUGUCCUCGCCAAAAGUCGCAACUCAGGGAAGUUCACAGUCACCAUCCAGAACGCCCCCUGUGGAGCUAAUUUGGAUGGGGCCUGCAUCCAAUCAGUUAACCUGGUUAUUGACGAGGAUCCAAGAACAGAGAUUACACUGAGCCACGUUGGUGAGGUCUUCAUGGCGGGACAGUACCGCAUCUCUCUGCCGUAUUCUGAUGACAUCUUCCACAUCCAGGAGCUGUCGUCCAUGUUCCUCCAGGUGAAGACGGCGUUCGGCCUGCGCCUGCAGUACAGCUGGAAGGAGUUCCGCCUCUAUCUGCAGGCCGACGAGCAGUGGAAGGACGACACGGUGGGCCUGUGUGGCACCUUCAACGGCAACAUCCAAGAUGACUUUCUAUCUCCAUCUGGUAUGAUAGAAAGCACUCCUCACCUGUUUGGAAACGCCUGGAGGGUCUCGUCAGCCUGUUCCACCACUCUGAGUACGCCUCAACUCGACCCCUGUGAUACACACCAGCAGGCCGUGGCUUACGCCUCAGAGAUGUGUGAUGUGCUGAACCAGGAUCUGUUCUCCGCCUGCCACGAGUACCUCAGCCCGACAUCCUUCCAUCAGCAGUGUCGCUCAGACACCUGUAAAUGCGGGACGCCCUGCCUUUGCUCUGCGCUGGCCCACUACGCUCGCCACUGCCACAGAUUCUCCAUCAUCGUUGACUUUCGGUCACAGAUACCGGACUGUGCGGUCACCUGUCCCCCCACCAUGCAGUACGGGACCUGUGUGUCGUCCUGCCAGCGCCGCUGCUCCGCCCUCUCCAUCCCGCAGCACUGUGGGGAGGAGUGUGAGGAGGGCUGCGUCUGCCCUCAGGAAACCUUCUACAACCAUCGAACACACACCUGUGUGCACAGGAGCGAGUGUCCCUGCAGUUUCCUUGGAGCAGAUUACGAGCCGGGGGAUGUGAUCAUGACAUCAGCAGGUGUUCAACUCUGUCUGAAUGGUAAACUGGUGUCACAAACAACAAACAGUGACAUGUUGUGUCCAGCUGGUCAGCUCUACGAGAACUGCUCUGAGGGGGGCGACGGCCUCAUGACGGGAAGGGGCGUGGCCUGUGAGCGCACCUGCGAAUCCUACCUGCUCAACCUAACCUGCUCCACACACGAGCCCUGUGUGGCCGGGUGUACCUGCCCCCAUGGCUUGCUGAAACACGGAGAUGAGUGCUUUGAACCCGCAUCCUGCCCUUGCCUGUGGAAAGGAAAGGAGUAUUACCCCGGCGACAGAGUGUCCUCCCCUUGCCAUCAGUGUGUUUGCCAGCAUGGGACGUUCCAGUGUGUGUUUCAUCCGUGUCCAUCCAUGUGCAUGGCCUACGGUGACCGCCACUACAGGACGUUUGACGGACUGCUGUUUGACUACGUUGGUGCAUGCAAGGUCUAUCUUGUAAAGAGCAGUGCUGAUGUGAUGCUCAGUGUGACAGCCGAGAACGUCGACUGCUUCGACAGCGGAGUCAUCUGCAGGAAGUCUCUGCUGAUCAACAUCGGCAGAUCUGUCGUAGUAUUCGAUGAUGACUCUGGAAAGCCCAAUCCAUCUAGUGUGAUUGACAGGAAGCAGAGGAUGUUCAUCUGGCCAGCCGGGUACUUCACUGUGGUUCAUUUCCCAGAGGAAGAAGUCACUGUCCUCUGGGACCGAAAGACCAGCAUCCACAUCCAAGUCGGACCUCGCUGGCAGGGAAAGCUGAGUGGGCUGUGUGGGAACUUUGACAUGAAGACAGCGAAUGAAAUGCGGACACCCGACAACAUCGACUCCUCGACUUCACAGGAGUUUGGAAACAGCUGGACUGCAGUAGAGUGUGUGAACAGUCCAGAUAUCAGACACCCCUGCAGCCUCAGUCCGCUCAGAGAGCCCUUUGCAAAGCGGCAGUGUGGCGUCCUGCUCAGUGAGGUCUUCAUGGCCUGCCACCCUGUGGUGGAUGUAACCUGGUUCUACAUGAACUGCCUGGCUGACACGUGUGCCUGCAGUCGUGGAGGAGACUGUGAGUGUUUCUGCACCAGCGUGGCAGCGUAUGCCCAGCGCUGCUGCCACCAGGGCAUCCCUGUCGACUGGCGCUCACCGUCUCUGUGCCCGUAUGAUUGUGAAUUCUACAACAAAGUUCUGGGUAAAGGGCCCUACAGGCUGAUCACCUUCAGGGACAGGACCACGCUGCUGGCAGCCAGCAGGACCAGCGGCUCCCUGUUCCUGCAGAAGGGCAGUCUCAGCACCUUCACCCCCACCCCUGGAGUCCUCUCACAGUUCAUGAUGACGCCGGGCCUCAGCAGAGCCCGACCACAUGACACAUCUCGGGUUUCCUUUGAGGCAUCAGGCCGACCCAACUACUUCCUGUACGCGAGCCCUAGCGGCCAGGUGAAGCUGGCCAAGUGGGAGGACAGCGAAGCAUUCUGGGACGGAGCCACCUUCGUGCUCCACAGGAACACCUGGAUCCCCGGCUACGACUCGCUGGAGUCCCACGCUAAACCCGGCUUCUUCCUGCACGCCACUCCUGCCCGCCUCCACCUGCUCAAGUACAGACACAUCGACAGCUUCCGCAAGGCCACGCUGUUCAGACUCACAGGCCCCAGCCCGGAUGCCCCCCCUGGUCCUCGGUGUCAGUGGAGGUAUGAUUCCUGCGUCAUCCCCUGCUUCAAGACCUGCAGUGACCCGUCAGCUGAAGCCUGCGUCAGCAUCCCACAAGUGGAAGGCUGCCUUCCUGUCUGCCCCCCACACAUGGUAUUGGAUGAGAUCACCCGUCGGUGUGUCUAUGUUGAAGACUGCAUUAAAGUUCCAGUUACUGUGCAGCCUGUAACGCCAUCCACUGCUCCACUGACCUCUGCAGCUGUCACUUCUGAAACCACCAGAGGCAUUGCUCCCUCCACCACCCACCUCCAGACCACCACCAUCCACCUCCAGUCCACCACCAUCCACCUCCAGUCCACCACCAUCGCCACUGCAUCCUCUACCCCUCAACACACUGGUCCUACCACUAAAAUUACCACAACUAGUCCUGUUGAUGGCACACAGACGACCUUGUCACAGGCACCACCCGCCCCUGGCGAGCCCAUCCUUCCUGUAGCUGUCUCAACUUCGGCAACUACUGAACUUGCUAUAACAGCAGGACCUCCAAUGCCCCCAACUGUCAGGCCAGAUGUGGAGGAGCCGCUGUCUACCGUUAAAGUGACUGAAGCCUCGUCCACCACUGUAGCAGGUACAACAGCAUGGACAACUGGAGCUGUGAGGUCCACUACCAGCCCCUUCGGUCCCAGCACGUCCAAGACGAGCAGCGCUCCUUUUGCCAUCACGGCUCUAUUCUGGGUCACCUCCACUACCAAGCCCUCCGACCUCCCGAAGACACUCUUCACAACCACUGCCACAACCCUGCAACCACCUACCCCUGCAGCACAGAUCACAAGCUCCAUUGUACAGCCAACCACCAUAAGUAACCCUCCUCCCAUUGCCUUGCAUCCAACCAAAGCAACCACGGAGGCUACAACACAUUCAUCAGCAGUUACUCCGAUAUUAACCACGUCUAGUCCAAGGCCUGCAGUAGUGUCAGAGAUGUCUACAGUAACAGACAGGACUACUGUACCCAGUACUACUACCACUGCAUACACAGAAACCAGCACAAAGACUGUAACAGUGGAACGACUACCCUCAACAACAACUAGACCCAUCGCUCCUGGUUUACCAAGCACAGCCUCCACAACCUACUCCCCUCUGCCAACCUGGCAUUCUGCCGAAACAGGAACUGUAUCGUUGCCAAAAGUCACUUCAACCAGAACCACAGAAUCAGUCACACCAGUUGCACCUUUCGCCACUAGUAAAACAACACUGUACGAAAGUCCAGAGACAACAUCAGCAACUUCUAUUACAGAGAAGAUUCCGUCCAUUACUCCUGCUGAACUCAAAACCUCUACAACAAUUGUUCCUGAGUUACCAAUGUCAACCCCUAUCCAGGUUGUUCAGACCACAUCUGCACCAUCUGCUCCUACCUCAAACUGGGGAACAUCGACAAAGCAAGUGUCCAUACUUGAAUCUACUGUGAGUGAAAUACCUUUAGCUACGACAACAGUUUCUGUCCCUCCCCCUUUGAAGAUUACCACAACUUCUCCAGUGCCCACUACCAAAACCUAUGCUGAGAGAACCUCCUGGUCUACUGCUGUCCCAACAGAAGAAACAACUAAGACCACAACUUCAAGCCCCCCAGAUGUUCCAGAAGCAACCACAGUGUCCAGAGGUCCUACUGCCACAACAAAAUCAACUGUACCGCUGGUGUCUCCUACACAAACCACUGCUGUACCACUUUUACCAACCACUGAGAGCUCCUCCUCUCCUGCGUCUACUGUACGGACCUCUGAGCCGUGGGUCCCACCCCAAUGGGAGACCUUCUCCACCCCAUUCUACAGCCCUACAGUGAAGACAACGCCAGUGGUCACUACUUUCAUUCAUGAAGUAACUUCUACAAAAACUACUUCAGUGCCUCAGAUUCCCGUGACAUCAAAUCAGGUUGAAACCUCUGCAACAUCAGCUGCUGCCCUAGCCCCGACCACCAAAACUACAACGUCGCCUGAAAUCUCAACUUCAGAAAUAGCAGCCACUACAACGAGGAAACUGGCCACACCCUCACAUUCACCUGCACCUGGUAGUCCUGAGACACUUCUCACCACCAUCUCUACAAGAGCUCCACCAGAUAUUGUGACCACGACGCUCAGACCUGUAAUUGUGCAACCUAUUACAGAGACGACACUUCCAGUGACUGGCAGGGUGGAAGUGUCAACAAGAACUACAACGACACCACCUCCAUCUUGGUCUCCCCUGCACACAAGAACUACUUCCACCGCAGUUCCAAGGCCAACCACUUUCCAGGAGAAAGUCACCACCCGAUUGGUGUCAACUGCUAAAGCUACACCAGCUACAACAACUACCACCAUUGCACGGACGACCACUUUAAGAACAACACCUCAAGUUACACCCAGAAUCACGUCGAUUGAGAGGUCAACCACCAGGCCAGCCACAGCAAGGGUCACAUUAACAACAAGUGUACCAGAAGUAUCUUCCAUAUGGACCACUCUUGGCCCACCAACUGUCAAACCAAGCCAUGGCGCAAUGACCACGUCAAGAGAACCGUUUAGAACUGUUCCAACAACUGCAGAGUCCGUGGCCCCAACGAGCAAGACAGAACUUGCUGAAACAACCCCAGCAGUUCCCAUCUUGCCCACCUUACCCGUUCCAGCCCCUUCUCCUACUCUGACACCGGUCACCUCUACAGCCGCUCCAACAACCACCAACCAAGAGACAACCAGCUCUGAGAAAACCAUGACAACCAAAGAGAAGGAAGUUUCAGCAUCCACAUCCAAAUCGGUGACGCCUCCACAUGAUACACACCUGAUCUCCACCCAGACACCCGGUAUUCACACACCAUCAACUUCUUCACAUCCAGCAGCAACCUCGGUCCAAGCUACUGAGCAGGACAAAGUCAAUCGUACAAGUCCAGGUGCAACCACGCCUCCUGCACUGACUUUACCUCACACGACGAUGGAAACAACCAGACACACAGUAGAGUCGACAACGUCUUUGGCUGUAUCACCAACAAGGAGUUGCAUUCCUCCGUAUGCAGAGAUAGUGGAUGAAUGCACAAAGUACAUCUGCGUUAACAACCAGCUUGUCCUGUUCAACAAAUCUCAAAGCUGCCCCUUCACCUCUGAACCUCUGAACUGCGGACUGCUUGGCUUUGCCAUACUGGUCAAUGGAGACAAAUGCUGCCCAAAGUGGGACUGUCCAUGUCGCUGCUCGAUGUUUCCAGAUCUGAAUGUUAUCACAUUUGAUGGGAACAGCGUUGCCAUCUACAAGGCUGCCUCAUACAUAGUGACCCAGUUGCCCAAUGAGACCAUCAGCAUACUGGUUCAGGAGUGCCCUGCUGAUUCAGAGUCAAAUCUUCUUUGGAAUUUCACCAACCUCUGUUUGGUGGCACUCAACAUCACGCACAAAUCCAACCACAUCAUAAUCAACAGGUUGCAGAGGAGGCUCUACGUCAACUCUCGCUACGCCAAGCCUCGAUUCAAAAAGUUUGGCUUUGAGAUAUACGACACAGGGAACAUGUACCUGAUCCGCAGCCCAUCUGGUCUCAAGCUGCAGUGGUACCACAGCACGGGCAUGAUGGUGAUCGACACAGACAGCUCCAGCAACAAGCUUCAAACGAUGGGCCUCUGUGGUUUCUGUGAUGGAGACCCAACAAAUGACCUGAUGAUGGCCAACGGCACCACUGUGGGCCCAAGCGAGGAUCCGGCUAUUUUCAUCGAUAGUUGGCAGGUUCCCAACACCACCAGCUACAUCAGCCGCAGCCGCAGCCGCGAGCUCAACUGCUCCACCAGCAACUGCUCCGGCUGCAUGCACAUGCUGCAGAGCGACGCCUUCUCCCCCUGCCACGCCUUCGUCCCUCCAAGCACAUUUUGUGAGGUUUGGGUACGAGAUGCAGAGUACGUCAACAACCAGUGUGUUGCGCUGGCUGCCUACGUGGCUUCUUGCCACAAAUUCAACAUCUGCAUUGAAUGGAGGACUCCAGAUUACUGCCCGUUUAUGUGUCCCGACACUCUGCGGUAUCAGGCCUGUCUGCCGGCCUGCACCUCUCAGUCCUGCCCCAACCAUGACUUUGAUGCGGACCCGGAUCAGUGUUCAGGCCUGACUGAAGGCUGCGUGUGCCCCGCGGGAACGCUCCUCCACCGGCCGUACUCUGCCAUCUGCAUCUCACAUGAGAAGUGUGCCUGCACUGACAGUUCUGGAUUUCCUCGUGCAAACGGUGAGGUGUGGAAAGCCUCCAAAGAUGCAUGCUGCAUGUAUCGCUGCGACAACGACACCAUCGUUCCCGUGGAGUACAACUGCUCCAACAUGCUGUCCCUGGUGUGCCGUCGGGCAGGGGAGGUGAUCAUCAGCCUGGCAGACGACACCAGUUGCUGCCCGCAGAAAGUCUGUGUGUGUAACCAGAGCAUGUGUGACCUGCUCCCUCCUGAGUGUAAAUACGGAGAGAAGGUGGUGUCGUACUACAGACAGGACUCCUGCUGUCCGGACUUCAUCUGUGAGUGUGAUCCUGAACUCUGUGAGUCGGAAGUUCCGUCGUGCAGAGAGGACCAGACGCUGAUCGCCACCAGAGCCGACGGCAGCUGCUGCCUUGCUUACAUCUGCAUAUGUUCUUCCUGCGCGGAGAUGCCUCCUCUCUGCCAUGACGGCGAGGUGCUGACAGUGGACGCUAACACCACGGACCGAUGCUGCCCCGCCUACCAAUGUGUGUGUGAGCCCUACAGGUGCCCUCAGCUCAGUUGUCCUGUUGGGAUGUCGGUGGUGUCUGGGUCCAGUCCGAGUCGCUGCUGUCCUAACCAAACAUGCGAGUGCUCCUGCGAUAAGAUGACCUCGCCAAAAUGUGGCCUGGGAGAGGCCGCCCAACUGGACCGGGCCUUCCUAUCUGACCCACAGAACCGGUGCGCCUGCAAAAGAUAUAAGUGUGUGCGAGAGGCGGUGUGUGUGUUUGGGGAGCGUGGCGUCCUGAGACCGGGUCAGACUCUGGUGGAUCACCAGGACGACGGCCUGUGUCACAGCAGGACGUGCAGCCGGAGCCUGGACCCGGCGAGCGGCUUCCACCUGCUGCGCUCCAGCAGCCUCAACUGCUCCGCCCACUGCCAGCCAAAUCAGAUUUACAUUCCUCCAAAGGACCAGACGACGUGCUGCGGUGUUUGUAAGAAUAUUUCCUGCAUCUACGCACACGAGAACGGCACAACAGUUCUCUAUAAGCCAGGGAAGUCCUGGGUAUCAAACUGCAUGAAGUUUGACUGCACAGAUACUCUGUCUGGACCCACGCUGAUCUCCUAUUCCUUCAGCUGCCCACCUUUCAACGAAACAGAGUGUAUGAAGAUCGGUGGAACGGUCAUAAGUUACAUGGACGGAUGCUGCAAAACAUGCAAAGAAGAUGGGAAGUCGUGUCAGAAGGUGACGGUGAGGAUGACAAUCAGGAAAAACGACUGUCGCAGUAACAGGCCUGUGAACAUCGUGUCAUGUGAUGGGAAGUGUCCGUCCGCCAGCAUCUACAACUACAACAUCAACACGUACGCUCGCUUCUGUAAGUGCUGCAGAGAGACGGGGCUGCAGCGGCGCUCCGUGCAGCUCUACUGCAGCGGCAACGCCACCUGGGUCAGCUACACCAUCCAGGAGCCCACCGACUGCUCCUGCCAGUGGUCCUAAACACACACACUGCACCGACACACACACAGAUGGUGUUUAGAUCUACAUCCUCUUAAACCACAAAACGAUGAAGAGGAAGAUGAAAGUUCAGCAUUGUUGCUUUAGGAUGUUGCGAGAGUGGAAUACUGAGCUGGGAUUGGCUGGACUUCAUGACUGACGCUCUUGCUCUCCAGUUAGUUGUUCUGCUGCCUCUGCUGGCAGAGAGGUGGUACUGCAGGCCAGCUGCAGACAGGGCCCUAAAGGUGACCUUUGAUAUUUACCUUUCAAGGGAAGUAAAACAAGCCUUCAUAUGACUAUUUUGAGGAUUUUAAUUGAUCAACAUUUAAAAAAAAAAAAAGGUUUAAGUUAAUUUACUGUGCAGCUUAAAUGUUCCUUUAAGUUAAUUGUAAAAUAUGAGCAGCAGACUGGUGGCAUGUGAUUAUAAUAACACAUUUCCCAUCAUUCCUUCCCUUCCUUCUAUUUUGUAUUAAACAAAAAGCUGCCUUUCUCAGUUAAGCCUAUGUGCUUUAAUAUAUCAAAUUAAACGAGAUAAGAAGUAAUGCAAAUUAUUUAAGAGGAAGUCACAAAACACUUGGUAGUUACGGCAUUUUUUUAAUCAUCAGACACAUUGUCCCUAUUUUGAUAUCUAAUUGAUAUCAAAAUAAUAUUUGAACACCUCUGCAUGGUCCCAAAUCCCCCACUGCACAGCUGCACUGCCACCUCCCUGCCAGACUGCAGAGAAAGGUCAAAGUUAAGCAAUGUGAAAAGUAAGUUGAAUUUUGUUUUGAAGGGUGAGCCCCUGUUUCUGCUCAUAACCUAAGAGUGCUCCUGUGCUUCCAUGACUUAAAAGUAGAGAGAGAGAGAUUCAUAUUUUACCCAGAAUUCCUCAUGUUGUGUUUUGUUUUUUGUAAAUAUCUUUACUUUUUUUAAUGAUUUGCAAUACCAAAUUCUUAUAUAUAUAUAUACAGUAUAUCAAUUUUAGAAAAAGCAACUAUCAACUGUAUAUUUAGUGAUUUUAAAUGUACUUUAUAUAAUCAACACUAGUGAGGUGUUUAACUGAUUUAAACCCAACUGUAUGUGGAGCACUUUAUUUAUUUAUUGGAGUUUGAUAGAGCACAAACGUUGUCAUUUUUAUGGACAAAUACAGAGAGAGAAGAGAAGCAUUAGGACUAACUGAGAACAUCCAGCCAGACAUGUUGCAACAUUUGAUGUGGUUGUAUUCCUUCCUUACAGAAGAGGGCUUGAUAUUGCAAUAUAAAGGUUUCUCUCUGGACUAAAUUCAGAUCAAACAGACCCUCCUGGAUAGUCGAGGAUUUGUAUCAUACGAAUGUACAUUUGCGUUUUCAAUAAAUAUUUCUUUUGGAAAAAUAGUUUACUCUGUUUAUUAAAAAAGGACAGUGUGCAGUA